GAUAAAUCUAAAGUUGAUCACAAUGGCCGACCAAGCAGAUUGGCGAACUCAAAAUUUCCGUCAGAAACUCGUAGCUCAAAUCGAUGAAGCAAUUCGGCAGUCAGCUACGCCAAUGGUGCGAUCAAGUAUGGACAUGGAAAACCAUGUUUUUCAAAAAGCUAAGACACGAGAAGAAUACCUAGCCUUGGUUGCUAGACUGAUUCUGCAUGUGAAGGAUUUCAAUGCAACCAAGAAGAACCAACAGGCAGGCGUGCCCGGCCCUGUGAUGGCAGCCCAUGGUAUGGGGGGCGGGGCAGGAGUCCCGGGACAGCAGGACCCCAUCAAUGCCCUACAGACUCUCACCAGGCAGGGGGUGGGGCAACAAGGUAUGAUGGCGACACACCAAAUGACGCCACAGCAAAGACAACAGCUUGUUGCGCAGCAACAGGCACAGCAUUUAAUGCAGCAACAGCGAGCCCAGCAGCAACACCAACAGCAGCAGCAGCAGCAACAACAGCAGCAGCAGCAGCAGCAGCAGCAGCAGCAACCACAGCAACAGAAGCCCCAAUUGCAGAGACAAGAUGCAUUCAUUGUCACCUCUCCCCAGAAUGUGCAGCCUGUUCAGAGUCAACCACUCCCCGCCUCCUGUCAGAAUAUCCCGUUCCAACCCACAUCUGGGGUAGCUCCUCGUCCUGUUGGCCCCAGCGGGAUCUCAGGCCAACAGCAACAGUUCCAGCAGUCGUCUGGACCACAGUCAGUUGGCUCUAUGGCCCCUGCCCACUCCCCUGCUCAGAUGAGUUCUCCAGUCACCAUGUUGACGGCACCAUCCCCUCAGCCGCAGGUAACACCAUCUCCCGCGGCCAAGGGGAACACUGGCACGCCAUCCCCCAGCGCAGCCCUCAACACUCCAGGUAAUCCCGGCUCUGUGGGCCCCGCCCCGAGUCCUGGCCAGCCCCGGAACACCACGGAGGAGCAGGCCUACCUGGACAAACUGAACAAGCUGUCCAAGUACAUCGACCCACUCCGCCGCAUGGUCAACAGGCUGGAGAAAGAUGGAGAUCGGAAGAAAGAUUACCAUAAAAUGAAGAGUUUACUGGACAUUCUGACUGACUCCACCAAGAGGGUGCCAGUUGCGAUGUUGCAACGAUGUGAGCAGGUGCUCCAGAACUGGGACAUACAGACUAAAGGGAGUUCGAGCACGGCAGUUUCUAGCGUCCAUAGCUCCUGGUGUCAGCACCUGACGGACGCUCUGUCCACCCAUAUCAAGUCCUCCACCAUCAACCACAGCCUCUUCCGCUCCUUCGGCCCCGCAAUCAACACCCUCUGUGGAGCCCCCAUCAGAGGUCCUAGUCCACCCAAGAAGAAGAAGACUACUCCCCACCACACAAAGAGGGAAGGUCUCCCGGACCUGCUGCAGGGCGAGAUCGCUCGGCUCCACAACCGCUUCCGUGUCAGCCUUGACCCCCUGCACCAUGCCGACUCCAAGUCCAUACACCUGGUCUGCCGCCUUGAUGACAAGUCCCUGCCAAGUGUGCCCCCGAUCUCCGUGAUGAUCCCUGGAAACUACCCCAUGUCCAGCCCACAAUGCAACACCAGCUCCGAGGGCUAUGACGUGAGCUCCUUCUCCCAGGAUGUGCAGAAGAACCUCAACGACUCUGUCCUGAAGAUGCCCAACAAGUUCUCCUUCACGUCCCUGCUGGACACAUGGGAGAUGUGUGUGCGGAGAGCCUGUGCCUCCAUCAAUGUAGCAGGGGGCUGCUAAGGGUCACAACAGAAGGUGGGCGUGGUCAGGAACAGGAACAUGGAGAUCGUUGUGUUGCAGCCCUGUACCCACUCAAGGUCCUCAUUCCACCUUGGCCCAUGAUGUUUUAGCACUCCUUGUCCAUAUAUGGGUAUGAUGCUCCAGCAGUCUUUGUCCAUAUAUGGGUAUGAUGCUCCAGCAGUCUUUGUCCAUAUAUGGGUAUGAUGCUCCAGCAGUCUUUGUCCAUAUAUGGGUAUGAUACUCCAGCAGUCAUUUGCCAUAUAUGGGUAUUAUGCUCCAGCAGUCAUUGUCCAUAUAUGGGUAUGAUGCUCCAGCAGUCUUUGUCCAUAUAUGGGUAUGAUGCUCCAGCAGUCUUUGUCCAUAUAUGGGUAUGAUGCUCCAGCAGUCUUUGUCCAUAUAUGGGUAUGAUGCUCCAACAGUCAUUUGCCAUAUAUGGUUCCAAUGUUAUAUAUUUAUUUGAUGUUGAAGAGGUGAUCGGACGUCAGUUGGAUCAAGAGGACAAGAUCUGUUGCUGAAAGUGCAAUGUACAGACAAACUUUCAUUUCAAUCAAUACCAGACUGCUUAUUGAGAAUUGUUUUUGUAAGCCUCUGUCUAACAUUAUGUAUUGUUAUGAUUAUUAACCAUGUGUAAUGAAAAGGUAAAAGUGGUGAGAACUUGGGAGGAAUGUGUUGAGACAUAUACUGUGUCAUAAGGUGAUGAAUCAGAAUAUGUUCAGUACAAGAUAGUUUUCCAUCUGUUUCAUUCUUUUACUUCAUGUAAGAAUUUAGAAGGUUGAUUCACCUGAAGUAUACUUUCUGAUGUACAGGGGUACAUGCAGUAAAGAGAACUCAGUGUACUGGUCUCUCCAAGGUUCCUGGGGAGGCCAGGCCCAAGCACCUGCUGGUGUACUGGUCUCUCCAAGGUUCCCUGGGAGGCUAGGCCCAAGCACCUGCUGGUGUACUGGUCUCUCCGAGGUCCCCGGGGAGGCUAGGCCCAAGCACCUGAUGGUGUACUGGUCUCUCCAAGGUUCCUGGGGAGGCUAGGCCCAAGCACCUGCUGGUGUACUGGUCUCUCCAAGGUUCCCGGGGAGGCUAGGCCCAAGCACCUGCUGGUGUACUGGUCUCUCCAAGGUUCCUGGGGAGGCCAGGCCCCAGCACCUGCUGGUGUACUGGUC